AUGUCUCUCCUCGGAAAGAAGUUCCCCACCCCCGUUGCCAAGCCCAUGGCUCCCUUCUUCGCCGCCGGUCUGGUCAUCCUCUACGGUGUCAACUCUUUCGCCAACGUCAUGAUGUCGACCGCCGAGUUCAAGAACGACCCCCGCAACCCCAACCUCAAGAACCAGAAGCAUUAA